AUGGUGAGCCCUGACAAGAAUCAGAGUAGUGUGGUCGUGUUCAUUCUCUUAGGAUUCUCUGAUUACUCUGAGCUCCAGGUGCCCCUCUUUCUUCUGUUCCUCACCAUCUAUACAGUCACUGUGCUGGGGAAUGUGGGCAUGACUGUGGUUAUCAGGAUCAAUCCCAAACUCCACACCCCCAUGUAUUUUUUCCUUAAGCACUUGUCCUUUGUGGAUUUCUGUUACUCCACUAUAGUUAUACCAAAACUAUUAGAAAACUUAGUUGUACAAGACAGAAGCAUCUCUAUCAAAGGCUGCAUCACACAGUUUUCCUUUGGCGUCACCUGUGGAACAAUAGAGAUGGUCAUGUUGGCAGUGAUGGCCUAUGACUGCUUUGUUGCUAUAUGUAAUCCAUUGCUGUAUACAGUUUCCAUGUCCCCAAAAUGCUGUACCCUGCUAGUGGCUGUGGCAUAUUCUUGGGGUAUAAUUAGUUCUACUGUACUCACCUGUGAACUUCUGGUAUUGUCAUUUUGUGAGACCAAGAUCAUUGAUAACUUUGUAUGUGAAUAUUCUGUCUUCCUAUCUGCUGCCUGCUCUAAUAAACAAUUCACUGAGGUAAUCCUUUUUAUCUUUGCGAAUCUCAGUACAUUUGGUACCCUCAUCAUUAUCCUUACAUCCUAUCUUUUUAUUUUUGUCACAAUCUUCAAAAUGCAUUCAACCAGUGGGAGAUAUAAAGCUUUCUCCACUUGUGUCUCCCACUUGACAGCUCUUACCAUCUUCUAUGGCACCAUCCUCUUCCUCUAUUGUAUUCCCAAUUCCCAAAACUCAUGGCUUUUGGUCAAAGUGCGCUCCGUUUUUUGUGCUGUAGGGAUUCCUAUGCUAAAUCCCUUAAUAUACAGUCUAAGGAACAAUGAUGUGAAGGAAACUUUCAGGAAAAUAAUUUAUCUCAAAAUUAUUUCUCAUUAA